ACUGCCCGUGCUCUGCUCUCCCCAUGCGUUUUGGGUGGAAAAAGGGUGGUUUUGUGUUUGCUUGUUUGUUUUCUCCCCGCUAACCCUGCUGGCAGCAGACGUUAUCCAUGCUGAAGUGCAUCUUGUACGGAAGGAGCAGGGAACGCACAGGGGUAGACAGAAGCACGCUGUGCCGGUGGGAGAUGCGCUGAGCGCGCUGUGCUCAGCUGAGCAGCACGGGGGAAGGCUGGGGGGGUCCGUGCCCAUUGGGGGGUCCCGGCAAGGCGCACGGGAUCAUGGCAGAGCCGAUACCAGCCAUCGUCCCUCUGCAAAUCUGCUGCGGGGGCAAUGCAGGCAGAGGGACGGCAGUAGAGUGGCCGGGGACGCGUGUCCAGUCCGGCCCCGUGCGGCAGCUUGCCUUACAAGGAGUUUGGCUGCGACCCGAGCGGCGGGAGCAGCACUCGCCUCCUCCUGCCUCAUUCAUUGCGUGCGGCACUGGGGCCGCUGCUCCCCGGCACCGCCGUGACCUCCGAGCGCCCAACAUCCCAGCGGCAGGACCGAGGAUGGCCUCGAUGUUCGGCAAACCGCGGGUCAGCACCGAGCGACCGCCGCAGAGCCCCGUGGCAGAAUGCAACGUGGCCAUCCUGGGGUGCCGGGGGGCUGGAAAGUCAGCGCUGACAGUGAAGUUUCUCACCAAGAGGUUUAUCAGCGAGUAUGACCCCAACCUGGAGGACACCUACACCUCGGAGGAGCUGGUGGACCAGCAGCCCGUGCUGCUGAAGGUGAUGGACACGGCCGACCAGGAUGGCCCCGUCAACUGUGAGCGCUACCUGCACUGGGCCAAUGCCUUCCUCGUUGUCUACAGCAUCGACAACAGGAGGAGCUUUGAGGGCUGCAGCCGCUACCUCGAUGUCCUCGCCCGGCAUGCGCGGGGCUGCCAGCGCCAGAGCCCCGUGCUGCUGCUGGGCAACAAGCUGGACAUGGAGCAGUACAGGCAGGUGACCAAAGCCGAAGGGACGUCCCUGGCCACCAAGUUUGGGUGCCUGUUCUACGAGGUGUCGGCGUGCCAGGACUUUGCGGCGGUGCAGCACGUCUUCCACCAGGCGGUGCGGGAGCUGCGGCGCGAGGCAGAGCACAGUCCAGCCCUGCGGCCUCUCUUCGUCGCCGAGGAGCAGCCCUGCCUGGCCAUGGCCACCCGGCAUGGCCUGGCCAGCUGCACCAUCAACACUCUGUCUACUGUCAACCUCAAGGAGAUCCCCUCGGUGGCCCAAGCCAAGCUGGUCACUGUCAAGUCGUCGCGAGCUCAGAGCAAAAGAAAAGCGCCCACGCUCACCUUGCUAAAAGGUUUCAAGAUAUUUUGAGGUGCAUCCCUUUCCUGUUCUGCAAGGGACUGGUGUCACCAGGAAUGGGGACCUCAUCCCACUGACCCCUGCACAGCCCUGCCUGGGUGAUGUAUCUGUGGAUUUGGGCUCCACCUGGAGCCAAGAAGCAUUGCUGGAGAGCCAUGCUGUCCACGGCUGCUCGGGCUUGUGUGUGUGAAUGGGACCAAGCACCAGCAGGCAGAUGGGAGCCCAGGGAGUGUGAACCACUCCUUAAUCAAACAGAGACACCUGUGUCUCAUGGGUCCCCUCACCAAGCAAUAACUAGGAAUAAUUUAUUUUUUUCCUCCAAAUGAGAAAAAUGUGGAUAACGUCACAGCUGACUACGGGCUUCAGGUGCCCUAAAACUGGUCCCUGUGCAUUGAAGUAACACCAAAACAGCUGUUUUUUUUACGUAACUUUUUACAGGACGAUGUUCCUUUUCAAAGGUUUUGCAAGCAGAGAUGCUUCACUGACCAGAAAACAUUCUUAAAAGCUUUUCUUUAAAAAAACUGUUGUCUUUUCCAAAUGUCUUAAGUUAUUUCAUGGCCUCCACGUGUGCCCUGUGAAAGGUGUGAAGCAGAUCCUACCGCAGAGUGCUGUGUGCCAUGAGCAGGCUCUGCCCAUGCCAAGGCCCGGGGCUGUGCGCUCGUGUUCCGUGAGGUGAACGUUCUGCUCCUCCCCAGUC